AUCACGGAUGACGGUGCUGUGACCUUUUACUUACAAAUCUCAACCAAAGCGUUCACGUCUGUGCGUUGACAACGUUGAAACUCAGCGGUCCCAAAAGAGGAAAGACCUUUGUGUUAUUAGUCCAGUUAAACCGAUGCGCGUUUGGAUUGUAACGAACCAGUUGUUCGGAUCCACUGGGAUAAGCUAUCUGUGACUACAAAAUUGACGCGUAGCAUGAGACCAGCACCUCGAAGUGUUUCCCCUCACUGCCCCAAACCUGAUGAGUCCGAGGAGCCGCUGGGGACAGCCAUGGAGACGGGAGCUACUAAGAGUAACAGUAUAAAAACUGGGAAUAUGUCAUCUGAAGUAAUUGUCACCAAAGAAAUGGAGGAAGAGGAGCAGCAUCUGAUGGCAGAAGGAGAAAAGAAAGAGAAGGAAAUGAUGGCCAAGGCUCGGCAGUCGUUGGAGAGAGAGACUCAUGAAAUGCGCUUCAAAAGACUACAACAUUUGCUCAAGAAGAGUAACAUUUACUCCAAGUUUCUGCUGACCAAAAUGGAGCAACAACAGAACGAGGAGAAACUCAAGAAGGAAAAGCUUGGGAAGAAGGGCAAGAAAACCCCAAACGGCACCGAGCCUGGGAAAGAUAAAAAGAAGAGACAAAGGGAGGAUGACUACAAAAUUGCUGAUGUCAUAUCGAAAGAAGAAAUCAUGUCACAGGCUAAGAAAGUCAAAGUGGAGGAAGCGGAAGCGGCCCCUGCCCCGAAGAAGCUCGACGCCAAGGAUAUCGAGAACAUGAGUGAUUCCAACGAAGACAUCAAGAAUCGUUUGGCCGAGACGGUGCGAGACAAUGCCCAACAGCUCCUGGACCCGGACAGAAAAGUGAACGGCGAGCCGGUUCCUGCUCAACAGCCACAGCUCUUCACCGGUGGGGUCAUGAGGUGGUACCAGAUCGAGGGCAUCGAAUGGCUUCGAAUGUUGUGGGAAAAUGGCAUCAAUGGGAUCCUGGCUGAUGAGAUGGGACUGGGAAAGACAAUCCAGUGUAUCGCCCACAUCGCCAUGAUGAUUGAAAAGAAGGUCACGGGCCCGUUCUUGGUGGUGGCGCCACUCUCGACUCUGCCCAACUGGAUCAACGAAUUCAAGCGCUUCACGCCGGAGGUGUCUGUGCUGCUUUAUCAUGGCCCACAAACCGAGAGGGGCAAACUGUUGAAGCACAUACACAAAUCCCAGGGGUCCCUCAGUAUGUUUCCUGUCGUCGUCACCUCGUUUGAGAUUGCCAUGAUCGACCGAAAGUUCCUUCAGCGCUGUCAGUGGAAGUACUUGAUUGUGGACGAAGGCCACAGAAUCAAAAACCUCAACUGCCGACUAGUGCAGGAGUUGAAGCUGCUACCCACCGACAACAAGCUGCUGCUCACUGGAACUCCACUGCAGAACAACCUGGCUGAGCUCUGGUCCCUUCUCAACUUUCUCUUGCCGGAGGUCUUUGACGACCUUAAGAGCUUUGAGUCUUGGUUUGACAUCGACACACUCGGCGAGCCGGAAAGUGUGGUGGCUGCCGAGCGUGAACGAAACAUCCUGAGCAUGUUGCACCAGAUUCUGACUCCAUUCUUGCUGAGGAGACUGAAGGCUGAUGUGACAUUGGAGAUUCCCCCAAAGAAAGAGAUAAUUGUUUAUGCCCCUCUGACUGCGAAGCAGGAGACUUUCUACGCUGCUGUCGUGAACAAGACCAUCGCUAAAGUGCUUGGUCACCAUCAGACUGAAGCGCCUGUGAGUUUGACGUCGAGCGGCAGGCCGAAGCGCCGCAGCCGAAAGCUGGUUCGUUACAGUGAAGCCGAGGAUGAUACGCCCUCAGGCUUGGAGGAGUAUCUGGAAAAGGUCCAAAGGGAGCAGGAGCGGAGCUCCUCCCCGGUGCCGGACGUCCAUUGCCCUCUGGAUGCUCAGAUCAACCUCAAGAUGCAGAAUAUUCUCAUGCUGCUAAAACGGUGCUGUAACCAUCCUUACCUGGUAGAAUACCCCCUGGAUCCAGCCACACAAGAAUUCAAGAUCGACGAGCAGCUGGUGCAAUGCUCUGGGAAAUUUCUCAUACUGGACCGGCUUCUCCCGGCACUCAAGGAGCGAAGCCAUAAGGUACUCCUCUUCAGUCAGAUGACCUCCAUCUUGGAUAUUCUCAUGGAUUACUGCUAUCUGCGUGGCUUCCAGUACAGCAGAUUGGAUGGUAGCAUGUCCUACGCUGAUAGGGAUGAAAAUAUGACCAAGUUUUCCAAAGACCCAGAGGUUUUCAUUUUCCUGCUCAGCACCCGAGCUGGAGGGCUUGGGAUCAACCUGACGGCUGCUGAUACUGUCAUUAUUUUUGACAGCGACUGGAACCCCCAGGCAGAUCUGCAGGCUCAAGACCGCUGUCAUCGUAUUGGGCAAACCAAACCAGUGGUGGUGUAUCGACUGGUCACGGCAAACACCAUCGACCAAAAGAUUCUGGAGAGAGCCUCGGCCAAGAGGAAGCUGGAGCAGAUGGUCAUCCACAAGAAUAAGUUCAAAGGCGGCAGGGCGGAGUUGAACCAAACUAAAAGCUGCCUUGAUCUGGAUGAGCUGAAGGAGCUGCUCCAAGCCAGACGCACUGAGAAGGAAGUGAAAGCAUCAAGGGGGAAGGUGAUCAGCGAUAAAGACCUGGCGUUUUUAUUGGACCGUAGUGACUUGCUAGAUAAGGAAAAGGGGACAGCGAGGAACGAGAAGGUUGGCGUCUUCAGAGUUGUGGAGACUGAUGAAUCAUCAGAGAUCACCUUGACUUAAAAAGACCUGAUAUAUUCCCUCUUCCUAAAAUUCCCUUAGAAGUAAACUGAAGCUUAGGUGACUUCAGACUUGGGAAAAUUCAAGGACACGCUGUAAAAAUAUGCUCUGCUGUCUGUUAUUUUCCAACGUUAAGAUUUACUGUAACUGCUUUGAUUGUACAUUUUGUUGUUUUUUUUUAUUUUUUUUUUCGUCCUGUAAUCUUCUGUUAAUGCAUUCCCCCGCCUCUCCCUGUACUCGCCGUUCCAUCUGCCUCACGCUUUCAGUACACUGAAAGCGAAGAAAAUAUACUUUCUGUGCAGCGUUGACACAGCAGGACACUAAUCGCCAAUGAAAGCCACAACAGUGAUAUUUGAUAUCUGACAAAAGUCAGACUCAACCUUAAGUUUUUCAAACUCUGUGUUACUACUCUUUUAAUUUGGAAGCCUUUUGGUGCCCUCAGGCUUGUAAUGCGCGAUUAAUGUUGAAACAACUCUUAAAAGCACUUUUAUGCAAAUAAACCCUUGUUCCGUGA